AGAGUGGUGCAGCCAGGUUGUUUGGUGGGUGGUACGUAAGGCCGCUCUGGGCACGGGGGCUCCGAUCUCACUGGCCUGCUCGGUUCUAGGAGCAGAUCCGGGGCAGAGGGAGGAGAGCUUCGGGUCGGGGGCCGCUGCCGCCGCCGCCGCCACUGCCGGGGAGUCCACCCGCCAGCCCGCUAGCCCGUGCUUCGCGGGCCCUGUCGGUCAGGAUCAGAUCACACACUGUCUGGCUUGUCCUCUCACGCAGUUAGUGGAACAGGACUUCCCAGGUCUCUGCACGAUGCCUGCGGCACUUGUGGAGAACAGCCAGGUUAUCUGCGAAGUCUGGGCCAGCAAUCUGGAAGAAGAGAUGAGGAAGAUCCGAGAGAUCGUGCUCAGUUACAGCUACAUCGCCAUGGACACAGAAUUUCCAGGUGUUGUGGUGCGACCAAUUGGCGAGUUUCGUAGUUCCAUAGAUUACCAGUAUCAGCUUCUGCGGUGCAAUGUUGACCUUUUAAAAAUUAUCCAACUGGGCCUUACAUUCACAAAUGAGAAGGGAGAAUAUCCGUCUGGAAUCAAUACUUGGCAGUUCAACUUCAAGUUCAACCUUACAGAGGACAUGUACUCCCAGGAUUCCAUAGAUCUCCUUGCUAACUCAGGACUGCAGUUUCAGAAGCAUGAAGAAGAAGGAAUAGACACACUGCACUUUGCAGAGCUGCUAAUGACAUCGGGAGUGGUUCUCUGUGACAAUGUCAAAUGGCUUUCAUUUCAUAGUGGAUAUGAUUUUGGCUACAUGGUGAAAUUGCUUACGGAUUCGCGUUUGCCAGAAGAGGAACAUGAAUUCUUUCAUAUCCUGAAUCUUUUCUUCCCAUCCAUUUAUGAUGUGAAAUACCUGAUGAAGAGUUGCAAAAAUCUUAAGGGAGGUCUGCAGGAAGUUGCCGACCAGUUAGAUUUGCAGAGGAUUGGAAGGCAGCACCAGGCGGGCUCCGACUCGCUGCUGACGGGAAUGGCGUUCUUCAGGAUGAAGGAGUUGUUUUUUGAGGACAGCAUCGAUGAUGCCAAGUACUGUGGCCGGCUCUAUGGCCUCGGCACGGGAGUGGCCCAGAAGCAGAAUGAGGACGUGGACUCUGCCCAGGAGAAGAUGAGCAUCCUGGCGCUCAUCAACAACAUGCAGCAGUGAUGGAAGCAGGUCGAGUGGGGUGGGCCCGGCCCCGGGGUGGUGCUCGCUGUGCCGACUGGGUACUUCUUCCCCGAGGAAACGCCUCUCCUGAGCAAACCGCACCUGCCAUCUGCAGUGAGCAGAAAGACUUUUGUUUUACCGAAGACAAAACAUGUCUUUAUUUUAGAUCCAGAAGAGGGGAGUUUGCUCUGGAAUUUGUAAACAAGUCUUCCCUAUUCCUCAUUCCAAGCCUCUUCUCCAGUUGCCACCAGCAUCCAUGGCUCAUUUGAACACCUUUUUAAAUAUCCAGGACAAGUCUGAAACAAACUAGUAAAAUGUAUAUAACUCUUACCUGUUGUCAUUCUUUUUCUUUUGAAUCUGUUGCUAAUCGCUGAUGAUGAUUUUUGCUAUGAUUCUCAGCUGAGCUGAGGUCUUCUGGAAAGAAUGAACAAAAUGGUGUUUUUGUGAAGUGGGUUCUAUGUAGAUAUUGAGUCUUUCUUUUCUUUUUUGACCCUUUAUGAGGACAUUUGCUUUCCUCAGAUGUUGGUAGCCUUUAUGUACUAUUACAUGGGAAUGAAUUGCUCAGUGCGGAAAUUCGAAGAUCAGAAAAUGAAACUUUCCUUAAAAGCAAAUAAUCCUAGUAAGUCUGUCUACCUGUCCUUCGCGAGAAACUCCACAAGUGUGUAUUAAGUUGACCACUCCAGUGUCUUUAAGUCUGUUCCUUUGUGCCACUGAGAUUCGCUGUUACAUAUGCAUCAUCUGAAAUCAUUCUACGUUCCCCUAUAGUAAAGUACCCUGGAUUAGAUCCUGAAGGAAGUUAGUAAGGUCAGUUUCGGGUCAUAAAUCUGUUGUCCUUUCAGUAAUGUGAUUUCAGAUGGUCAUGUGUGUUUCUCCACUUCUCUCCUCCAUUAUCCCCGCUUUUCUUUUCAGCAAAUGUGAGAAGUUAGGGAGUUGGAUUAAUUAAUGUGAGUACCAGGAAUGUGAGUCCUUAGAAGAUUAUAGUUGUUACAUCUAAACAGGGCAGUAAGGAAUUUGGCAUGUAGAGUUCUAUUGGAGUAACAUCCCACAACUGGGGUAGGAAGCUCAGGAUUUUUUUUUUAAAGCUAGUCAUUUAGAGUACACUAUGUCUUUGGAUGACUAUAGCCUGGACAGUUUCAAAAAAAUCAAAAACCCCUUUUGAAUGGUGGAAAUAAAAACAGGUAACUCACUGAAGUGGACGAAUAGCCUUGCAUUUUAAAAGCGUAUGGAAAACUCAAUUUGAAAUGAUUCAAAAAUGUCAAGUAUUAUAAGCUGGUAUUUAAGAUGCUUGUAAAUAUUAUUUAUGUUUUUAAUUUUGUAAAAUAAAGACUUCUUUUUAACCACUGG